CUCUCGGCUGCACCUCUCCCCCGUGAACAAUAAACCCAGUAAUGCAGUGAUUGGGUACAUUGGUGGACACUCGCUCAACGCCGUCUUGGAUCAUAGAGCCCUUCAGAUAUUGGAGAAUUCACGUUCAGCGAGUUCCUGUACUCUGUUCACUCGACCUUUCGGCCUAUCGAACCGCAUGACCGAUGGCAUGAUGACUUUCGCUUCGCCGGACAUGUUCAACCCUGCGACUACGAUAGGCAGGAACGCACACCUCUUUCAACCGCCGACAUCGCCCAUAUCGAGCAUUGCGACGCCGUCUUACGCUACGGCUCCAGAUUAUUUCUCGUCACGCUCACGGAAGAGACAACGCCCGGACACAACCCACAUUGCAGAUAGUAGGCCGACUUGGCAACAGACUCUGAGCUGGGUGAAGUGCCGAACACUGAGCGACGGAAGCUAUGCCAACGCCGCAGCGAGCACGUACGGCCAGAAUCAGGCCUCAAUAAACGAGCGGUAUGCGCUGGCGGGAGGCUUUGAUACACCAAGUUUGCAGGCUGCGGCAGAGAUCGAGGGUCUACAGCUAAGUACUGGCGAAGGACGGAGGUGGCGGGACCGGGCGGAUAGUGGAGGCUGCGGCCGUGCUGCAAGCGCACAACUAUCCGGACCAUUAGCACGUGAGCGGAACGGAGUUGGUCGGUUGAUGCUGUCCUUACCGAAUGGUAUUGCUACGACUAGCUGGACAGGCCUGGCCUUCAAUCUGGUCGGCAAAGUCUUCCAUUUCGGCUCGGAUGUGAUUCGCGGCUUCUACGCUGGCGGAGGGAAUGGCUUCGAUCUCAAACAGCGUGCCCUUCGACGUGGCCUUACCAAUCGACCAGGCUGUUGGACGCCACUGCCAGGCUCGUGGGAGGAAGACGAGUUCCUAGGCGACUUCGAGCAGGAUAACCCACAUUCACCGCCACCAACAGCAUCACGACCACCGAACAAGCGAAGACAAACCGACAAGGACAGCUGGGUCGUGGUAGGCACGCCUGAUGUUGAAGGUAGCCCGAGGCGCAAAGUAUCCAGCAACAGUAUCCCUCGAAGUGAACUAUCAGCACGUCCGGCGGCCUCCCGAGCAUCGAGCAGAAGAAGCCUAGCUCCUCUACCAAGGCGGCAGUCUUCCCAAGCGGCCUACUCAACAGGCAGCCCAAUGGCAUCUUCAGCCGCAACCAGUCCGGAGAGGCGAGCGUCACUCGUUCCCGCGCGGUCCAACUCACGGCCGACUAGUGGCCACAGCAACGCUGACGAAAACAUCAGUAUGGCUUAUGUUAGCCCAGACGUCGAACGCUUCGUUAAGCGUCGUGCGAAGCAAGAUCGGCAGGCUGACGCUGCCAUGACAAUCAUGUCUAAAAAGCUCACGGAUCUUAUACGGCAGGGACAGGCGGCGCUUGGUACGAAAAUCAGUGUCGAGGACGGAGGUGGCGAGUCGACAGACGAAGGCUUUGUGGAUGAAGACUGGUGAUGCUGCUCUCGUUCUCACUUUCGCAGAACUAUCUUAUGAUGCCGUGGUUUAUCUGGGCACCGUUGAGCGGUACUUACUUGCGC